AUGUCAGUAGCCAGAGGCAUUGCCGCGCCAAAUCGCUGGCUGCGAUGCGCCGCGCAUCACUCGAAGAGAAGAUGCUAUGCCUCAGCAUCAACGGCAGCAUCAAGUCUGCCUGCAGACUACAGAAACGCCAUUGAGAAAGAAGCCUCACUACCAACCCCCGAUCCGCCUUCAGACUCGCAGACCGCCCGGAUAGUCAACACCCACAUGCAAUACAUGGUACCGACCUACGUGAGACCUCCGCCUAUGUUCCACAAAGGUGAGGGGUGUUAUCUAUGGGAUGUGGAGAACAGGCAGUAUCUGGACUUCACGGCUGGCAUCGCAGUCAACGCUCUCGGCCACUGCGAUCCAGAGAUGAGCAAGAUUCUCUAUCAACAGGCACAGACUUUGGUCCAUUGCUCGAACCUCUACUACAACCCAUGGGUGGGUGCAUUGAGUGAGCUGCUAGUUCAGAAGACGAAGGAAGCGGGCGCUAUGAAAGAUGUCGGCAAAGUGUUCGUCUGCAAUUCCGGCAGUGAGGCCAAUGAAGCGGCAAUCAAAUUCGCUAGGAAGUGCGGAAAGGAGGCACAACCAGAUGGUAGCAAGAACGAGAUUGUGAGCUUCCAGGGCUCGUUUCAUGGACGCACAAUGGGUGCGCUGUCCGCAACGCCAAACCCCAAGUACCAGAAACCAUUCUCGCCGAUGAUUCCUGGAUUCAAAUAUGGAACGUACAACGACAUCGACGGCAUCAAUGAUAUUGUGACAGAGAAGACCUGUGGUGUGAUGAUCGAGCCCAUUCAGGGUGAGGGAGGUGUCAACGUUGCUACGCAAGAGUUCAUGCUGGCCCUCCGAAAACGGUGCAAUGAGGUUGGAGCGGUGCUUGUCUACGACGAGAUUCAAUGUGGACUCGGCAGAACUGGCACGCUCUGGGCACAUGCAAACCUGCCACCAGAGGCCCAUCCAGAUAUCCUGACAACAGCGAAAGCACUCGGGAACGGGUAUCCUGUCGGUGCUACUCUGGUAACUGAUGAGGUUUCGAGCAAGAUCAAGACCGGCGACCAUGGAACCACCUUUGGCGGCAAUCCUCUAGCCUGUCGCCUGGCGCAUUACAUGGUCUCUCGGCUGUCUGAGAAGGAGCUGCAGCAGGAUGUCGUGAAGAAGGAAGCUCAAUUCCGAAAGCAUUUCGUUGAGCUUCACAAGCGCUUCCCAGAAGUGGUGCAAGAAGUGAGAGGACGAGGUCUGAUCUUGGGUCUGCAGCUGAACUCGGAUCCGACGCCUGUCAUCACUGCCGCCAGAGAGCGUGGACUGCUUGUCAUCACCUGCGGCACGAAUACAUUGAGAUUCGUCCCCCCGCUGAUCAUCUCUCCUGAGGAAAUUGACAAGGGUAUGGCGAUUCUCAGCGAUGCUAUGGAUGCUGUGUUCAGCAGUCCUGAGCAUGUGAAGGGGACGCCUGGGCAGCAGGAGAUGCGAUGA